AUGUCUACUGAAGAAGUCAAGGCCACUGUUGUACCUUACGAUGAGGUCGAGGCCACCAAAGUCUACAUUUCCUAUAACAACGUUCAUCAGUUAUGUCAAGAAGCUUCUGCCAAGAUCAAGGAAUUCAAGCCAGAUUUGAUUAUCGCCAUUGGUGGUGGUGGUUUCAUUCCUGCUAGAAUGUUGAGAUCCUUCCUUAAGGAACCAGGCAUGCCAACAACCAGAGUUUAUGCUAUCAUUUUGUCACUAUAUGAAGACUUGAACUCUGUGUCCACCCAAAACGAAAAACUCGGUGCUGAGGUUGUUAGAACUCAGUGGAUUGAUUACGAAAAAUCAGGCAUCGACUUGAUUGGUAAGAGAGUUUUGAUUGUUGAUGAAGUUGAUGAUACCAGAACCACCUUGCACUAUACUGUUUCCGAAUUGAAAAAGGACGUAAUUUCCCAGUGUCAGGCUAAAGGUGGUAACCCAGAAGACACCAAACUCGGUAUCUUUGUGCUUCACGAUAAAUUGAAGCCAAAGAAGGCCGACUUGCCAAAGGAUGUCACCUAUAUUGCGGCUAGACAACUUCCAGACUACUGGAUCGCAUACCCAUGGGAGAGCACGGAUAUUGUCACCCAUACUAGAAAGGCUAUUGAACAAGGAAAUGACGUGUUUUUGCCUUAG